AUGGCUUCCGGAGUGAAAGGAACCAACGGCAUGAACGUCGGAUCGAAUUACGGCCAAGACUACCUGCGAGCGGUAAGGGGUAUCACAGCAUCUUCUUUUCCGACAGAGGAGGAUCGCAUGAAGGCCCUUUUAGCAACAUAUGAAGUUCUUUCUAAGCUGGAAACCCCCUGGGAUACAUAUGUCAGAAUUCACUUAAAUCAGUCGGCCGUCACCGCGGGGAUCAAAAUCAUCAAAGACUUGAAUUUGAUGAUGAAGUGGAAAGAACAAGGAUUUGUCCCGAUGACGAGUAUUCAACUCGCAGGCCUUGUAGGGAGCUGUGAUCCUCAGCUUCUUCACAGGUUUCUCCGUAGCCUAGCUGCGAAUGGUCUUAUGGAACAAGUUCCCAUAGAAAAGUUCAAGCCGAACCAGUUCUGCAUGGAACUAGCAAAACCAGAUUUCCACACUCUCACCAACUUCUAUUAUGUGACAGGCCACCGUGCAUAUGGGACUUUGCCCGAUCAUCUGGCAGAAAAAGGGUAUAAGGAUCCCUCUGAUCCUGCGGACACAAUCCUUCGGAAAUCUACUGGGCACAACGGAGAUCUGUGGUCGUUUCUGAGCGAGAAUCCGAAAAUAGGUGAGAUGUUCAAUAUCGUACAGAAGGCGUCCACGAACAAAGAGCCACCAUGGAUGGAUAUGUACCCUCAUCGCAACUUGGUCGAUGGAUCAGAUCCGAGUCUUCCGCUUCUCGUCGAUAUUGGUGGCGGCAUUGGGCAUGAUCUCUCACGGUUUUACAAAGCCUACCCCAACGAAGGCUCAAGAUUAUACCUCGAGGAUCUUCAAUCGGUUAUUAGUGACGCGAAGAAUAAAGCGCUCCUUCCCGACACGGUAAAGCAGGUGGAAUACAGCUUUUUCGAGCCACAACCGGUGAAACGUUCGUUGUACGAAUCGCUGUGUACAAAUUCGGCGCUGACUUGUGAUACAGACGCUCGUGCAUAUUACAUGCACCAUAUAAUUCAUGAUUGGCCCGAUCACUCGGCCCUGAAGAUACUAGAGAUGCAGAAAGGCGCCAUGAAACCUGGCUACAGCAGGUUACUCAUUCACGACCAGGUUCUAGACGACGGUAAGAGCCAACUAAAUACCACAGCAUUUGAUAUCGCCAUGAUGGUGUAUCUAUCUGGGAAAGAACGCACUGAAAAGCAGUGGUUGGCUUUGCUUGACUCAGCCGGUCUCAGAGUCAUCAAGUUUUGGAGGAAGCCACCAGACUACUUCAGUGUUAUUGAAGUUGAGAUUCCAACUUCCUAG